AUGCCCAGGAAGGGUUUGGAGAAGAGCUUUCUGGGCUGGCCCGAGCGGUGCCAGGGUCAGCCUCGCGCUGCGGCCGUACAACAGUUGAGUCCCGGAGCCUGGGAUCGUGCUCGCCAUCACGGGGGAGCUAUUGAUACUGUUCCUGAUCAGUUGGUGCACCAACUGGUUCAGCCAUUUAAAGCGUAUGCUGCAGGUCGUAAUGCGUCAGCAAAAGAAGAUGCGAGGCAAGCUGAUAUGACUGGCCAGGGCAUAGUACGCUCUUUGUCUCCUGGUUUCAGUGGCCAAAACCCAAUUGUUGAAUUAUUUUCUCAUGGAUGCUAUGACUGUAGGAUCGUGCUAACUGACCCUUCUGGAGUUUUCACUUCUCCGUGCUUCCCCAGUGAUUAUCCCAACAGCCAAGCAUGCAAGUGGAUCAUCCGAGCACCUCAUGGAUUCAUCAUACAGCUAACAUUUAUCGAUUUUGACAUUGAAGAAGCUCCGGGCUGCAUUUAUGAUUCACUGACAUUAGACAAUGGAGAAAGUCCAAUGAAUCUUUGUGGCAUCACUGCCAAAGGAUUAUCCUAUAACUCUACCGGAAAUGAAAUGAUUGUGUCAUUUAAAAGUGACUUCAGUAUCCAAAAGAAAGGUUUUAAUGCCAGCUAUGUACGAAUCGCUGUGUCUCUGAGGAAUCAGAAAGUCAUCAUUCCCCAGGUUCCCGAUGUCGACGCUGUGUCUGUGGCAGAGACGGUGUCAGUGCCAGAGCUUAGCCAGUUUACACUCUGCUUUGAAGCUACCAAGGGCAGCAGCGAUGACAACGACGACUGGAAGGUUUUCUCCUACACCGAUGCGCUGUCAACAGAAUUCUUCAGCUUUGGGAAGACCACAAAAGGCCAUUUUCUGUCCGUCUCAGGCACGCAGUGCAUUCUGGAGAAUGCAUUGCCCCGAAAUGCAGAGUUUUUCACGGGAACCUUUCAACAGCUCUGUGUCGUAGGGGAUAGCUUCUCGGGCAGUAUAGGUAUAUAUGCCAAAAGCACCUAUCAUAUAGUGUACUGUCCGGGUAUCUUUGGCAAAGUUAUCCCUGGAAACGGGAGGCUGGUGCUGGGCUCUAACAGCAAUGAAGUGAGCUCUCUAAAUGGGGACAUUUACAACUUCCGCCUCUGGAAUUUCACCAUGAAUGCGCAAACACUGGCCAACCUCAGCUGCGAUGUGAAAGGAAACAUUGUAGACUGGGAAAAUGAAUUCUGGAGUAUUCCAACUUCAGCACUGAAAGCAGAAAACAAUUUGAGUUGUGGCUCAUACCUAAUUCCCUCUUCUGCAAUUGAACCAACCAGUUGUGCAAACCUGGGAAGCCUUUGCCAAGCUACUGUAAAUGCUACUACUCCUACACCACCCACUGUCACCACUAACAUGCCCGAUACUAAUAGAAACGAUAAGCCAAACAAUGGUGGGCUAUUCUACAGGAUAUCUAUAACUGUCUUUAGUUCCACCUCCAACUCGGUGUCGAAAGUACAUGAUGUGGUUGCAGAAUGGCUUAACCGUACUUUCCAGAACUGGAAUUACACUGUGUAUGUGGUCAAUAUCAGCAUUCACCCUGGCUCCAUAAAAGAGGGAGUAAGAGAAAAAAGAAGUAUUAAAAGUUUUGGGGUUUUGGCUCUUCUGGUUUAUAAUUCUACCAACAACAUCAAUUUAGAAGAGGAAGACAUCCGACAGAAGCUCUUAAAUAAUAAUGGGACCAUGGAAGGAGGAUAUAAGCUUCAUACUGUGGAUGUUGAUCCAGUGGAAAAAUGUUUAGCUGAAGAAAACCCUCCAAACUAUUUUUGGCCAGAUACCAGACCAACUGUGACCAACUUUACAUUAUGCCAUGGGAGCUCAGUUCAGACUGCAUCAAGAACAUG